AUGUGUUGUUCAAGGAAAUAAAAAACUAAUACAUAAAGAGAAGAAAUUAAUAAAUUAGGAAAACUUACUAGACUUACAGAAACUGAAUUGAUAGAAUUAAAAACUAGAUUUGCUAGAAUGUCAUAGGGUUCUAAUUUUGUAACUAAAUUUCAAUUUAGAGAUAAUCUUGGUUUACUUGGUAUGGGAACAAUGCUACAUUUAUCAGAUAGGAUUUUCCAUAUUAUGGAUGAUGAUAAGGAUGGUAAAGUAUGAAUUUAAAUGUAAUCUAUUUAGAUUAGAUUUGAAGAUUUUGCUCUUUAUUUUGAUAAAGUGAGUCAUGGAGAUGCCAGAGAAAAAGCAGAAAUAAGUUUUAAGUUGAUUGAUAAGAAUAAGGUUGGAAGCUUUACAUCGGCUGAAUUUAAUGAUACAAUGUAAGGAGUGAUUAAUAGUUGGAUAGCCAUGACUGGAUAAAAUCUAACCAGCGAAACCAAGAAAUAGAUUGAUUAAAGAAUUAAAUUAAUAUUCUCAACUAUGGAUGUUGAUAAAGCAGACAGAGUUACAUUAUAAUAAUAUCAAGAUUCUGUAGUUGCUGAUCCUGCACUUUUAGAAAUAUUUGACUUUGCUAGAAGAGGUGUUACUCUUGAAACUAUAGAUUUUAGUAUAUAUCAGCAAUAGAGAUAUAUUUAGAAUAUAGAAAAAAAAAUAGAUCAAUUAUUAGAAUAUAUGAAAUAAGACAAUAAAAAAUAAGAAAAAGAACUUCCUCAUUUUGUUUAAGGAACUGUUGAAUAAGAAUAAAAAUAAAGAAAUAGUUAAGUUGAUAAUCUUCAUUCUCCAAUUGUUAGUCUAUUUAAAUAUGAAAGUGAAGAAACUUAAAAUAAUAAUAAUAACAAAAAUGAUUUAGGAAUUAAUAGAUUCUUUGCUUCAGAACAAUUUCCAUCAAUCAAUUAUAAUCAUUGUAAUGAAUUAUCAAUUGAACAUUUAAAAAAUGAUUAAAAUUAAGAUUUCUCAUUUUAUACAUAAUAAAAACCUAAAACAAAAUUGAAAGCAUUAUUUUAAUAGAUUCCAUAAAAUUAAAUUGAAGGAGAUAAUUAAGAUCCUAAAGAAGAAGAUUAAUUUUAUUAAACAGAAAAGAGUUUAGAAAGUGAAAAUGAUAAAAAUUAAUUUAAUUUAUUUAUAGAUUAAAUGAGUACUGAUUAACUUAAAGAAAAAUAUAAAUCUAUGAUUACAUGUGUAGAAGAUAUUAGUAAAGAAGUAUAAAGAUUAAGAGAAUUAAUAGAUUAAAACUAAAUUAAAUAAUAAAAAAUGGAACUAGUAGAUUAAAUUAAUGAAUAAAGAUUACAUACAAUUAUUAAUAUACCAAGAAAGUAAUAAUCUAUUAACAAUUAAAAACCUACUAAAAAACCUAAAAUAAGUGUUUCAUUUGGACAUGAAAACUUUAAUUUAGUUUUAAAUAUGAUGAUAGGUAUUUAAAUGGCAGUAAGCAGUAUCAAUAUAGCUGAUGAUUAUGAAGUAGGUCCAAAAGAUUUUAAAUUAAAAUAUUAUUUUGAACUUCUUCCAAGAAGAGCAUAAGGUGAUAAAAGUUCUUUUAAAGUAUGUUAAUUUUUUGAUUAUGCUCCAAGAGUAUUCAAUAGUAUUAGAACUAUAUAUGGAAUAGAUAAUCAUUAAUAUCUUAAAAGUAUUGGCCCUGAAUCUAUUUUAUAAUCAUUAAUAAAAGGAGAUUUAUCUUGUUUAUAAGAAUUAACAUCAACAGGAAAAAGUGGAAGUUUUUUCUAUUAUACUGCAGAUGGACAAUUCACAUUGAAAACUAUUCAUCAUUAAGAAUUCAGAUUUUUAAAAUAAAUAAUGAGAAAUUAUUAUUAUCAUCUCAAAAACUAUCCAGAAACACUUAUUAUAAAGUAAUAUAAAAUAUUUAAAUAAUAAGAUUGUUUGGAAUGCAUAAAAUUGGAAUAAAAUAUUAAACUAUGCUAAGAGAAAAAGUUAUUUAUUUUGUAAUUAUGAGUAAUGUAUUUUCAACAAAUCAAGAGAUUAAUGUAAGAUAUGAUUUAAAAGGUUCUACUUAUGGAAGAUAUACUAUUGAUAAGUAAUAAAUAUAUAUUUAUAGUUAGUGAUCCAACUGUUGCCAGAAAAGAUUUGAAUUUCUUAGAAGAUAAAGAAAAGAAUAUUAAAUUGAAUAUCAAUAAGAAUAAAUCAAUGUUAUUCUUUAAUUAAUUAGAAAAAGAUUGUAAAUUUUUUGAAGAUAAUAAUAUUAUUGAUUAUAGUCUUUUAUUAGGUUUACAUGCUAAAGGAAACAAAUAAUUAGAUAAUGAAUCUUCUGUGUAUUCAGAAAAUCCUUAAUUUGAUAAUUUUAGUAAGAUGGUAACUGUUGAUAAUUAAUACACAUUAUAUAUAGGAAUUAUUGAUAUUUUAACAAAUUUUAGUACAAAAAAGAAACUAGAAUUUUUAUCAAAAAGAGUCAUAUAUGGACCAACAAUAUCAGCCAUACCUCCAAGAGAUUAUGCAGAAAGAUUUCUAAAAUUUUUAAAAGAUCAUUUAUUUGCAAAUUGA